CUGGUGGUGACUGGGACAGGCUGCUGAAGGCAAACGUAGUCUGAUGAGGAUACGUGCAGGCUGGUGAGGAUACGUGCAGGCUGGUGAUGACACGAACAGGCUGGUGGUGGAGACCAGAACACGCUGGUGUCAACAAACCAGAAGAUGUUAUAGUAAUCAAGUCCAGUAGUUCGCUGUUCGUGAGCAGAACUUUGCAAUCAUUUUGGCUCCAUAACCUUGGCAUCUCAAAAUGGAGGAUAUGGACACAGAUGAGUCCCCUAAAGUCAGGAAGCGACGCAUCUUUAGACAGCUGUGCAAGGUGAUGCAGGCCAGCUUAGGCACCAUCAUGAUUGGCACAUUGUUCACCUUCCCAUCCGUCAUGACUGCUGAUCUUCAGGAAAGUGACACCACUAUAUAUGGCACCCACAUCUCCCUGCAAGGCCACGAUGAUAUGAUUGGAAGCCUGGUGAUGCUGGGAUCGCUGCCUGGUGCAUGGGUCACAGCAUCCGUCGCACUGAGAUGGAGACGACGGAAGUCGAUGAUUGUUCUCGGAGUGUUGGCCAUCCUGGGAUGGCUGGGAGUGGCUCUCCUGCCCUCUGUCAUUGGAAUCCUGAUAUCCAGGUGUGUGUCAGGUGUGGCCAUGGGUGGCCUGGCGGUCGUGCUGAGUGCCUACACUGCUGAACUGGCUGAUGAUCAAGUCAGGGGCACUAUGUCGAUGGUCCUUAACCUUGGCAUUAUGAAAGGUCAGUUGCUGACGGUGUGCAUUGGGUACGGAGCCCGAUACUUCGUUGUGGCUCUCGUUCUUGCAAUUAUUCCCACACUUUUUCUCGUUGCGCUCAUCUGGCUUCCUGAGAGUCCUGCUCUCCUCGUCCUUAAAGGUGAGGACGAGAAAGCAGCAAAUAUCCUGCUGAAACUCCGGGGUAAGCACGCCGACCUUCAGGCCGAGAUGCAGACUUACAAAGACAUGAAUCACGCCAAGGAGGAAGGCCCAAAGUGGCGAGGACUGAUCCAGAAAGAGGUCUUCAGGUCUUUGGCUAUAAUCUGCUCCUUGAUGGUCAUUAAUACUUUCUCAGGCUACAUGGUUCUAAAUGCCAACGCGUCGAGGAUUUUCGAGGGAGCAGGAUCGACAGUGAACAGUGAACUGUGCACCAUCCUCAUUAUGGUCGUUCAGUUUUUUGCAGGCAUGGCUGGCUCACUUCUCAUGGACAGGAUCGGCCGCAAGAAUAUCCUGUAUAUGGGAUUCUUUCUGAUGAGCACCGGUCUAGUGGCGUUGUCAAUAUUCGUUGGCGUCACCCAGAGACACCCUGGCAGGAGCUAUAAGGAAGACAUGUCCCUGUUGAUGGAGUCAGUGACCGCCCCUGCACCGGUGGUGAUACCCGGAGGGUGGCUGCCCUUGGUUUGUAUGAUGGUGGCCCAAUCUGGGGUCGCCCUCGGCGUUAACUUAAUGCCUUUUAUACUCGCCCAAGAGUACUUCCCUACUGUCAUACGUUCCCAGGCGAGCAGUAUCUGCUACACGGUAUGGACCCUCGGGAACUUUGCGGUGCUGCAGCUGUACACGCCCAUGCUCAACACUCUCGACCAGUCGGGUCUCUACGGCCUAUACGCCUCCGUCAGCGCCCUGGGCAUCGUCUUCACGGCCCUCUUCGUCAGGGAGACCAUGGGGGAGAAGGUCGGAUAAAACCACCAAGAACAUCCAGCUAAAACUUCACAUUAAUUAUCAAUGUGUCUCACACCAUCAUUCUUUACUACGUAAUAUUGAUGUGUAUAUUUUUGUACAGUUCAUUCUCAGGUCAGUGUGUUUUGUAUACUUUUUAAUAUUAAAGUGUUUGUUCGUA